AAAUGCUGGAGUAACCCAGCGGGACAGUCAACAUCUCUGGAGAGAAGGAAUGGAAAUAAUAGCAGUCGUGCUCUUUGCCGGGAUUAUGCCACCCAAAGGCAUCACAAGAAAGAAUCUUCCUGAGCCUCUUCCUGAGGGAUUGGUUCUGACAGAUUCAGAGAAAAAACGUUGGAAACUUGGGAAAAUUAUUGGCAGCGGCGGAUUUGGACUGGUACACUUGGCUUCUCCUGCUUCAGAAAAACAUGUAGGGAAUGAAGCUGUCCAUGCCAUUAAAGUAGAGCACCAGGAAAAUGGACCCCUGUUCUCGGAGCUGAAGUUUUAUCAGAGGGCAGCUAAAUCAGUGCACAUAAAGUCGUGGAUGAAAAGCCAUAAACUGAGUUUCUUGGGCAUCCCUGCUUACUGGGGAUCAGGCUUGACUCAAUACAAUGGGAAGAGCUACAGAUUCAUGGUCAUAGACAGACUUGGCGUAGAUUUGCAAAAGGUGCUGGAGAAAGAGGGGAAUCGGUUUGCCAAAGCAACUACUCUGAAAAUAGGCUGUCAAUUGCUCGAUAUUUUGGAGUUUAUUCAUGAACACGAAUAUAUCCACGGUGAUAUCAAGUCAGCCAACCUGCUUCUCGGCCUCAAGAAUCUCAAAGAGAUAUAUCUGGCGGAUUAUGGCCUUGCCUUCAGGUACAAUCCCAAUGGAGAUCACAAACACUACAAGGAGGACCCGAGGAAAGGUCACAAUGGAACAAUUGAAUUUACCAGCAUAGAUGCUCAUAAAGGUGUAGCUCUAUCCAGACGAAGUGACCUGGAAAUCCUCGGCUACUGCAUGCUGCAGUGGCUAUGUGGAAAGCUGCCUUGGGAUCGGGACCUGAAGGACCCUGUGGCAGUCCAACAAGCCAAAGUCAAAUUUAUGACAAACCUUCCCGUUUCUGUGCGCCAAUGCUUUCCUUCUGGAUGUCAAAGCAGUGAAUUAGUCAAUUAUCUGACUUAUGUGAGUACUCUGAAGUAUGAAGAAAGGCCACAAUAUCAGAAACUACACAACAUCCUGAUAAAUCGGAAAGACGGCAGCCAAUCUGAGAGUGUGGAUCACCGUGGAAUAGAGUGCGAAUCUCCGUGUAUGGAUUCCUGGCCUUUGUCUGUUUCUGAAAAUAGUAAGAGAAUACAGGCAAUUCGCUCAUCGCAAAAUGUGCCUGUGUCAAGACAGAAAUCAACAAGACAAAUUGCACUGAAGCAAAUAAAAGGAAGAGGUAAAAUUUCGAGUGGUAGUGAAUGCUCAGAACUGUUGAGGGUUGAAGCAAGGAUGCCGGAGAUUGCAAUGGCUGUUCAAAGUCAGGAAGAGGCAACUGGACCUUCAAUACAAUCUGAGAUCAGGGAUAGGAAGCCCGAAGUUAUAACGACUGAUCGACGAGAGGCAAAGUUCCGUGGUCCAGCUGCAGCUUCAGUAGUGCCUCCGGAUCAAAUAAAAAUAAAAUCAGACAUCUUCCGAUAUGGUGCUGCAGUCCUAGUCUUGUUGAUAUUAAUAAUACUUCUGUUGUUUUAAGUACAUAUUUUUACACUGCUCGUGGAUUUAUUCUGGCAGUGGCCAGCAGAACAGUUUAACUAAUGGCCCAGUAAAUGGUCAUGGUUUGUGAAAAUAAAAUGUUUACUUAAUUUAACUGCUGUGGAGCAAAUGUAAUGGAUGAUUUAAAAAGCACUUGGAUAUUCAGCAUCUCUUUGAAGUCAUCUUCACUGUUAUUGGCUGUAUAGGAAAAUAAGGGAAGAGAAAAGUGCAUCAUUACUGAUGUGAGUGAUAUCAUGGCAGAAAUGUUAUGAUGUAAUCCUCCCCUCCCACCUCCUUCUCCAUUCCCUCCCCCCUCCUCCCUUCAUACCUUACUACAGUAAGGGCAUUCACCAAAGAUGACGUUAAAACUUUGCCUUGAAGAAGGUAGACCUCGUAACCACUGUAGAUGUAAACAUUAUAAAUUUAAUUAUACACAAAAAAACCUACCAAUCUCCAUUUCUAGUUUCUGCUUUGAACUACACUCACCUCGUAAAGACACUCCUGAUGGAAUGGCUGUCCACAGCGGGGGUCAUCACACACUUGAUCCGGUAUGGCUGAGGAAAGUCGGUAUGCAUAGCAAAUCCCACAUUCCAUGCUAAAACUCUGCCAAAUAAACAGAUGCAUUGAUCAUCAUGAUCUGUGGAAUUCUCUGCCACAGAAGGUAGUUGAGGCCAGUUCAUUGGCUAUAUUUAAGAGGGAGUUAGAUGCGGCCCUUGUGGCUAAAGGGAUCAGGGGGUAUGGAGAGAAGGCAGGGAUGGGAUACUAAGUGGAUGAUCAGCCUUGAUCAUAUCGAAUGGCGGUGCAGGCUCGAAGGGCCGAAUGGCCUACUCCUGCACCUAUUUUCUAUGUUUCUAUGUCUAUGACAUCCUGCUCAGAAUUCUUCGACACCAUAUUGACUACAAACAUCGUAGACAUUCAGGGCUGUCUUUAACAGCCUGCAAUGUAAUUUCUUACAAUGUCAGAUGACUGCCUUAAUAUUAGUGUGUAAUUAUUAGUGUAUAAAGUAUUAGUAUAUUAAUAAUAUUAAGUGCUUAACUUUGCUAUCCUGGAAAAGGCUAAUUUAUGUGCAACAUGUCAUUAAAAUUGUUGGAACAUCUU